AUGGCGUGGGCCUGCCCAACUGCGGCGCUGCUGGCCCUCCUGCAGGUGAUAUGGCAGGUCAUCAUGCACGGCCACUGCAGCUUCAGAGCCAAAACCAAGACGCAGAACUUUUGCCGCAACGAGUACAACGUCACCGGCCUGUGCAACCGCAGCAGCUGCCCGCUGGCCAACAGCCACUACGCGACGAUCCGCGAGGAGGCUGGGAGGUGCUACCUGUACAUGAAGACGAUUGAGAGGGCGCACACGCCCAAGCACAUGUGGCAGAAGAUACGGCUGCGGCGGCAGUACGCGCAGGCCCUGGAGCAGCUGGACGAGCACCUGGCCUACUGGCCCAAGUUCCUUGUGCACAAAAACAAGCAGCGGCUGACCAAGAUCACGCAGUACCUGAUGCGCAUGCGCCGCCUGCAGCUCAAAGUGCGGCCCAAGCUGCGCCCCGCCCCCCGCAGGAAGGAGAAGCAGCUGAAGCGCAAGGAGGCCAAGGCGGAGACGGCGGCGCAGCUGGACCAGGCGAUAGAGAAGGAGCUGCUGGCGCGCCUGCAGGUCGGCACCUACGGCGACAUCUACAAUUUCCCGCAGAGGCAGUACGAGGCGGCGCUGCAGCAGGAGGAGGUGGUGGAUGAGGAGGCGGAGCGGGCGGCGGAGGAGGCGGCUGAGGCGGAGAUGGAGGUGGAGGAGUAUGUGGAGGGGGACGAGGAGGAGGAGGAGGAGGAGGAGGAGGAGGAGGUUGGUUACUAUGCAACGAACACUGUGCUGCAUCGCGCUGCCUGCUAG